GGAUCAAUGUUGUUCCGCCAUUGCAAAAUGUGGUUGUAGUGUUUGCCAAAAAACAUUGAAUUUAGGCAUGCGGACAUAAGUUUUUGUGCAUAUUCAGUGAUAAUUUUUUAAAAUGGAAGACGAAUAUAUGAAUACUCAGGACUCGAGUAUGAACGAUGUUAUUAAUCGCAAUAGUGAAGCUAGCGAUAAUAUAAGUGAUGCAUCCAAAGACUUCGUUGAUCCAGCUAGUUAUGACGAAAGUUUUGAAGAUGAAGACGGCGGAAACGGUUUUCGUGGUGGUCGAGGCGGUCGAGGAAAUUUUAGGGGACGCGGCCGUGGCCCUCCUCCAGGUUGGAUGAACGGUCCUCCUCCACCGAUGCGUUUUCGCGGCAGAGGCUACGGCCCUGGCGGGCCGCCAAUGAGAGGCCGAGGCUUUUUCCGAGGCCGUGGUGGACCUCGCUUUGGACCAAACAAUGGACCGAACUUUGAUAACAACUGGGGUCCCAUGGGUCCCCCUCCUCCGGGUAUGAUGGGUGGUCCGCCACCGUUUGGGCCUCCGCCCGGUAUGAUGCCACCUGGCGGUCCCAUGGGACCCCCGCCGAAUAUGAUGGGCCAGCCCCCACCAUUUGGACCUCCGGGAAUGCCACCACCAAAUAUGCCCGCACCAGAACUCUGGGUAGAGACUAAAUCGGAAGAGGGAAAAUCAUACUACUACCAUGCGAGGACUCGUGAGACGACGUGGACCAGGCCCCAGGAGGGACCUACCUGUAAGGUCAUCACACAGGCUGAGAUGGAGUCUAUGGCUGUUACAGGUCAAAUGCCUGGUAUGGGUGGUCAAUCAAUGCCAAUGAAUGGACCGAUGGGCGGUCCACCUAUGGGCGGACCCCCCAUGGGCAUGAUGAACGGUAUGAUGGGCAUGAUGCCGCCUGGCGUAGGUCCGGCGCCAGGAGCUGUCCCGCCCUUCAUGACUCAACCUCCGCCAUGGGUUAAAGAUAACAACAAUCAAAUGUCUACGCCAAAGUCGCAAGAAAAGCAGGACAGCUCCCCGGAAGACGAGGCACCUCCCGGGGACUCGGCACCCUCGCAGUCCCCCGCACAGACCCCUACACAGCCACCAGGCGGCGCGUGGGGCGGCUGGGGCUGGGCGCCGCCGCUCGUGGCGCAGCCGCCCGGCCUGGCCGCCGCCGCCGUGCCCGACAAGGGCGCGGCCACACAGCUACCACAAAUGGGCGCUCCUCUGGCUGCCAGCGAAGCGCCCUCCGACCAACCUGCAGCACCGUCUAAGAAGGAGGAAACUGCGGUGCCGGCGUCGCUGCAGGCGCUGGCGGCGGAGUGGAGCUCGCACCGCGCGCCGGACGGCCGGCCCUACUACUACCACGCCGCCACGCAGCACAGCGUGUGGGAGAAGCCGCCGCCGCUGCGCGACCUGGAGGAAUUGCAAGCUAAAAUAGCUAUAGAGAAAGCAGACAAAUCGGAGAAAAAGACGGACAGAAAUGAUCUCGAUGACAGUAAAAUUGAAGUGAUAGACGUGGACGCGCACGCAGAGGCGCAGGCGGCGGCCGAGGCGGCGGCGGAGCGCGAGCGCGCCGACCGCGAGCGCGAGGAGGCGGAGCGCCGCGAGCGGGAGCGCGCCGAGCGCGAGCGCGCCGAGCGGGAGCGCGCCGACAAGGAGAAGGCCAAGACCGACAAGAGCCGGCCCGUCUCCAGCACGCCCAUCUCCGGCACGCCCUGGUGCGUGGUGUGGACGGGCGACGGUCGCGUGUUCUUCUACAACCCGACGGCGCGCCUGUCGGUGUGGGAGCGACCGGCGCAGCUGGCGGGUCGGGCGGAUGUCGACCAGGCCGUGUCGCAGCCGCCGCACGGGAAGGAUAGCGCGGCUAAAGAGAAAGCAGCAACGACUCCAGCUAAGAACGCAAACGGCGAGCUCAAAAGGAAUGCAGAGUCAGAAUCCUCAGAUUCUGAAGUCGAACCCGCAAAGAAAGCCAAACCAGAAGAGACAGGCGGCGCGGGCGAGGCGCGUCCGCGGCGCGCGCUGCAGAUCGACGCGGGCGCGGAGGCGGCCAUGGAGGCCGAGUCGCGCGCCGCCCGCGAGCGCGCCGUCGUGCCCUUCGAGCAGCGCGUGCGCGCCUUCCUGCAGAUGCUGCACGAGAGCGACGUGUCCGCCUUCUCGCCCUGGGAGAAGGAGCUGCACAAGAUCGUGUUCGACAGCCGCUACCUGCUGCUCGACUCCAAGGAGAGGAAGCAGGUGUUCGACAAAUACGUCCGCGAGCGUGCCGAGGAAGAGAGGAAAGAGAAGAAGAACAGGCUCCAGCAAAAGAAGCAGGCCUUCAGGCUGCUCAUGGAGGAAGCAAAGCUGCAUUCCAAAUCCUCGUUUAUGGACUUCUCGAGCAAGUUCAGUCGCGACGAGCGUUUCAAAAACAUCGAGAAGAUGCGAGAUAGGGAGACGUACUUCAACGACUACAUCGCCGAGGUUAGGAAGAAGGAGAAGGAAGAUAAGGACAAGAAGAGGGAACAGGCCAAGACUGAGUUCAUAGCGCUCCUCAAAGAGAAGGCGGUCGAUCGUCACGCACGUUGGGUCGACGUCAAGAAGAAAAUCGACUCUGACUCGCGGUACAAGGCCGUUGAGAGUAGCUCUAUGAGGGAGGAUUACUUUAGGGAGUAUUGUAAAAUAGUUAAAGAAGAGAGGAAGAAGGAGAAGGACGGAAAAGAGAAGGAGCGCGAGCGAGGCAGCAAGAAAGACAAAAAGGAUAAAGAGAGAGACAAGGAUAAGGAUAGAGAGAAGGACACGAAGAAGGAUAAAAAGAAAGAGAAGACCGGUGACAAGCAAUCCGACCUGUCCACGGAAGACGAGAAAAAGCAACCGACUCCGCCCCCGGAUCAGUGGGCGGAGAUACUCGGAAUACCGGGCGAGGAGGACUCGAAGGAGUCCAAGGAGUCGAAACCGACGAAGUUAUCUAAGGAGAAGAAAGAGGAGUCGUCAGAAGCAAGCGAGGCCAAGUCUCGGUCGCCGACGCCGGAGAAGGAAACCAUAAUAUCCCCAAAACAGCUGAGAUCCUCGAAGAAGGAGCAGCCGACACCCGAAAAGAAAUCCCCGAUAAAAUCGCCGCCCAAAAAACGCCGGCAAGACUUCAAAUCGCCGGAAACGGAACAGGAGAAGAAGGGCAAGAAGAAGGUGGCUGAGAAAACAGAGAAGCGGAAACGGAAGAAGUCCGAGAAAGAAUAGUGUUUACUUUACGUGUUUUGUAAACGCUGAUCUCUGGAACAGCGCAGGUUACUGUGCAACCGGGACAAUUAGACGUUCUACAUAAUAUUUUGUACACGCGAGGGUAGUUGGACGUUGUCGGUGCUGGUGGGGAGAGAGAGAGAGAGAGAGAGACGGACAAUUAUAUGGUAUCGAUAAAUAACGAAUAACAGCUAAACGAGCGUAUCGCUUCGCACCAAAAAAAUAUUUCCGACUACCCCACAACUGAAAUGAAAAACUUGCGUAUUGAAAUUACACGACAUUAUAAACGGUGAAUCUUGUUAUAUACUGUACAUAAUUCUGUAUGUAUUGAUUAUUUAAAAAUAUUUGUAUUGUAACAAUUGAAUAAUGGAGCUCGCACAUGGUGCUCCAUUAAACAGUCUCCGGAACAGGGGAGGUUUGCUUUUGUCCAAUUACACCAUAUAUCGACCCCCAUAUAUUGUAUUCCGAGUAAGACGGCGCUAGUAAUAAUAAAAAAAUGAAUAAUCAUAAACAUUAGUCGUAAUUAACGAAUUUCGGUAAUUUCAAAUCGCAAGGAAUCUCCGUGUUUUUAAACGUUAUUAUUUUUCUUAUAUUUAAGUUUAAUAACUUAAUAUUAUGUAAUCGAAUGACAAUAAUCGAUAUUAUAUUUUACAAACGAAAUCGAUUUCAAUAUUGUACAGUUAUUCACGAUUAUCGCUGUAAAUACAUAAGCGAUAAAAAUGAAUAAAAUUUAAUGUACAGUUUAAAUUUAGAAGCUAUAUAUUAGCUUAUAUAUAUAUAUAUUAUAAUUAUUUAUUUUUAAUAUAUACGGAUUAACUUAUAAACGUUCUAUAGUCAUUGUUAAUUCAUAUAUGUGUCCCUUUCUAUCAUCACUGAUUUGACAUUCGAAAGAAGGAUACAGAAUUAUCUAACAAAUAUCACUCCAACGUUUUUUUAUGUAAAAACGAAAAUGUUUAAAUGUACAUAAAUUAUAUUAUAAUUGAAAUCAUUCGUUCACUUGGUUGGGUUAUAUCACAUUCGUUCGUAGUUACGAUAUCGAUUGGUUGAUAUUUUGGAUGUGUUUCGAAUGGACAGUAUUUUUUAAAGUCUCAAUACAACAUAUAAGAUUAUCUACGGAUAUAUGUUUUUUUUUAUAGAAUAGGAAGGCGGACGAGCAUAUGGGUCACCUGAUGCUAAGUGGUCACCAACGCUCUUAGACAUUGGCAUUGUAAGAAAUGUCAACCAUCGCUUACAUAUCCAAUGCGCCACCAACCUUGGGAACUAAGAUUUUAUGUCCCUGUAAUUACACUGGCUCACUCACCCUUCGAAACGGAACACAACAAUAUGAAGUAUGUUUGACUGUGUUUGCUUUCCGUCAAGUUUUAUUUACCUAUUAUCAGCACCGGGAUGAAAUUUGGUAAAUAUUAUUUCUUAUUAAAUAUAUAUAUAUAUAUAUUGUACAUCAUAUAUACAUAUUUAAUACGAUUUGCUAAUCUUUAUUUACAAUACAACUUUGCCGCCAUUUAAAAUGUCAUUUUUUUUAAGAAUCAAUAGUGUAUACCACAGAUUGUAAAAGGAUGUCGACCAAUGACGUCACGUGAUUUCAAGGUCGAAGUUGUUUAUUUGUAUGUAUGUAUUUAUGUAUAUAUACAUAUAUAUAUAUACAUUUAAUUUAUUUGAUUUUUGAAUGUAUGUCAGUUAUCGAAAAAAUGGAUAUUUUUUUAUAUUCAAUGUUUUCUGUAAUUGGUGUUGUGAUUACAAGACAUUUUUAUUUAUUUAUUCUACAUGUUUAGGUAUGUAUGUUAUAUAAAGAGGUACCGACAAGAAACUCACUUAUUAUUCGUUUUCUGCAACUGUAUGAACACGUACGAUAAUUAAAUAUAAUAAAAUGGAUUUGGUUGUGUCUGUCUGCUUAAUAUAUAUUUUAAAAAUGAUUAAAACGUUAUAUAUACAUAUAUAUGACGUUGUGUAGAUUUAUUGACUUCUAAAGUGUUUCAACGAUAUUGCCAAUUAAAUUACAAGCAAAAUACAUCCUGUAGACAUCCUGCCCAUAUAUAUAUAUAUAUAUAUACUAAAAAUCGUGAUGACCGUCUAUGUUAAGUUACAUAUAAUUGCAAAUAUUCAUGCUGAUCAAUCAAACUGCGAAAUCUUUUCAUCAGAACAGACAUACCAAUAUGUAUAUAUACAUUAUGUAAAAACAUAAAUGUUCCUUCGUUUAUAUGUAGCCGGGUAACAGGUUCGAAUCGGCGUAAGUGCUCGUAACAGUACUGCUGUUACGCCUCUAUAUUAAAAUAUAAUGACAUACAUUAAGUAAAUAGUAAUAUUGGUAUGUAAAUAUAUAUAAUAUCGAUUAUUGUUAUUCAAUAACAAGUUGUACAUGUCGACAUCGGACAUUGUAAAUAUCUCACAGAAAUGUAAUGUAAUUUAAUUAAUAUACUUAUAUAAAUUAAACGUAAGGUUUGUAUGUAUCUAGAAUAGUAUUGUUUUCUCUUUCGAAAAUUGCAUCCAUCCCGCUCAUACGACGAUACGUCUUAAACGUAUUUAUAUGUUUUAUUAUCUUUAUUUUAUUCCAUUAAACGAUGGCUCAAACUAUUUUAACAUUGCACAUUAUAUAUAUAUAUAUAUUUUUUUUUUUAUUAUAUAAAUAUUUUGGAUUUGUCAUGAAAAUGACAAUAAUUCGAAUGAUGUAUAUAUGACAAGUUUUCGUUCAUUGGUGAUUGUACGGUAUACAAGACAGCACUAUAUAUAUAUGUAUUGCUAUCUCUGUCACAUGUGAAACGUUAGAACGGGAUAGCAAAUGUUAUCGUUCUGUCUUUUUAUAUACAGUUUUGUACAAUAGAUUCUAGACCAGUGCAUGGUUUAUAUAUGUAACAAGGAUGUCAGUUGGGGAAAUUUGAGAUGGGCAAAUUUAUUAUAUAGUAUACGCGCCACACACAUACAAAGGAGUAGAAGGGUGGCGGGGAGGGGGCGUGUUGACAUAAGAGAACGUCAUGCCGUUUAUCGACCCGGCGAGUCGGUCUCACCCCCCGAGACGCGAACAUCAACAAUAUUUUUUUUCUGACGGUACUUAUUUUUUUUUAAUAUCUUAUAAAAAAUUGGUGAAUCAUUAUUUACCGUUUCCAAGUAGAUAUAAAAGUCAUUACGGCUGCAUUUUAUGCCCUAUCUCGAAUUUUCGCCACAUUUCGUAUAACAUACAAAGUUUAAGGCUUUUUUUACUUAAAUAUCAUCGAUGUCUUGACAAAAUAAUUAGAUAAACUUAACAAAUAGGAGAAGUAUGUUAAUAAAUAUAUAUAAGGGAUACAUUUCUUUGAAUGUCUGUCUAUAGUACAUAGUAAAUAUUUAAAAAAAAAAAAAAAACCAUAGUCUCUGGUUGAGAAUGGUGAUUUGUGUUUUUGGAUGUAAUAGAAUUAUUUUGCAAUUAGUUUCACUAUUAUAACGAUGUUAAUCGACUUGCUCAACUGUAACGUUUUCUCUGAUCAGGCAAUUAAAAUUGCCGAAAUUAGAUUCCACCGAGAACCGGCGGAGAGUUAUUCUUUAGUAGUACUCUUUUCAACCCGUUUAGCCGGACGAGUCGGUCCGCGUAUGAUCAUGGUUUCGGAAACAUACGGUCAAGUUGUAUAUUUUAAAAUUAGUUUUAUAUUAGUUUUUCUGAAAUGUGAAUUUAGUAAUUUUAAGUAUACAAUAGGUUAGUGAUGUAAUUUUAAUAGUACACAUUAAAACUAUUAAUUAAACUCACUGACUGACUCAGUUUUUUUAGUAAUGAAGUUCUAUAUAAUAGUCGCUGUUAAUUUCAUUGUCAAUGCUUAAUAUUCGAAUACUGAAUUAAUUAUUAAAUAUUUAACUUCAUUUUAAUUCUUUGAAACGCCUCUUAACAUGUUAAUAUUUGCCUUAAUUGUAUUGGUCUACGUAUAUAAAAAAUAAUAUAUUAAAUUUAAGCACUUUUAAGUCGUUAUUGAAAAGGGAAAUAUUGCAAUUUAGUUCCAUUCUGUCCGCCAUUUUGAAUCGACCACAGAUUGUAAAUAUAUUUGUCAUUAACAUUAUAUAACUGAUAGUACAUUCGCGUACUUUAUAUUUCUACGUAUUAUUAUUGUAAAUAGAAUUUCUUUUUUUUUUAUUUUAAAUAAACUUGUUAGUGACUAUGGAAUGAUUGUGUUGUAUUAAAUAUGUUGUAUUGA